CAAAGUCAACCGGUUGCGGCGGCGUGGCUGGCUAUUACAUCUCGUGAGACCCCGGGAGUGACGCAAUGGGUGGCAGAAGACGCGCGGGCUCCUCUUUCAGUCGGUGCUCGAACCAAGACGUGACGUGACGUACGUGAUGCCCAAGUCUCCGCGCGAACUCUCAUCGCCCAACUCGCAGCCCACCCGAAACCCAUUGUCCUAAACCGAGAGACUUGAACGCAAAGCAAGAAAAAAACGAACGCAAAGGAAUCGUAAAAACCUGUUUCUCGUGGGAUUUUCCUGGAUUAUUCUCAUCACAAAUAAUUUUGUGUUAAUUGUUCGAUUUUCUUUUCUUUUCAAUUUUUUACUCUGCUAUAUGCGAAUUUUGAGUGGCAAGUAAAAUCUGAAGUGGCUUAGUCUGUUUGUGUCAGUGGUGUUUUUCUUCCAGGGGGGUGUUAAUUUUUUAAUGCGGGUGGAAGUUUGAUGUGCUUGUGAAGUUUUACAUAACUAGUGUUCCUGGGAGAAUUGCGGCAAACUUUGGUGAUCUCUCCUAGAACUCUGCAUCCUCAAUUUAGGAAUUUUAUGACCUGAGAAGACUGAAAAAUAAAAUACAAAAUGAGAGACGUAUUCUUCAUAACAUUCAUUGGGAUGAUGUCCAUCCAAAUGAGCACGUCUCAAAGGAAGCCGCCGAACUACAGCCUGGACGCGAUGCCGGUCACGGACUUCGAUUGCCAGGACAAAAUCGUCGGUGGCUACUACGCGGACCCACAGACUGAAUGUCAGAUGUUCCACGUCUGCACAGACAUCUCCGGAGUGCUUCAAGACUUCCGGUUUCUGUGUCCAAACAACACAGCAUUUGAUCAGGAGAAUCAAAUUUGUGACGAUUGGUACAACAUCGACUGCGAAGCUGCAACAUUAUUUUACAGCGAUAACUUCGAUUUAUUCCGUAUUGAUGCUGAUAGGAGCAACAGUAUCGUGAAUAAAGUGACCCCUAUUCCUCUUGGACCCUCCACGAGCGCUAAACCGAAAGUGGUGAAGGCUAAGAAGCCUCUUGGGCCAGUGAACAAUGCAGUCACUGAUGACGAAGACGAUCUCUUCCUCCAGAAAGCCGAUACUGGUGAUAGGAGGCUACAUCAAGAUUUGCUCAGAGGUAGCAGCAGCAGCAACUUCUUCGAAAACAAGAAUCGUGGACGCGAGGACUUCGACGACGAUCUGUCGGGUCAGCGAAAGAGCAACUUCGUGAAACCGGCCGACGAGAAGAAGAAGACGAAAGUGGCCGUGCGGAAAUUGCUCACGGGGAAGCGGCCGGUGAGCCCGAAAGCCGAGGCCCAAACCACACCCCCACCAGCGCCCACCACCCAGUUCCCAUCCACGACCACGUUCCAGAACUUCUUCCAGAAGACCAAGUACAACACCGUGAGCCGGAAUCGGGACUCGGCCACAGCCUCAGCUCGAUUCGAGGCGUCCACAACCCCGGCUCCCACCCCCACCCCAACGGCGAGGAACUUCUACAACCCCCAGAAGCAGUACUACUCCAAGUCCACACCCAAGACGGCCACCGCCUCCUCUCCAGCGCCGUUCAAGUCCCGCGGCUCGGUCAACUACAACACCUACCUGAAGUCGCAAACCAACGCCGACUUCAUCGACAUCCCCAAGACAUCCGCCGCCCCCGUUUACAACCCCGUCUACAACCCCACCUACAAGGCGCCGUCCCAGACGCCGACGCCGUACAACUCGCCGGACAUCACCCAGGCCUACUUCAACUACCAGACACCCUCCGCCCAGCCCGCCAACCAGAAGCUGCAACAACCCAACUACCAGCAACCGCAGUCCACUAACUACCAACAGCCGCCGACGACCUAUCAACAGCAACCAACCAACUUCCAACAGCCCCAACAGCAGACUGUUCAGCCGAAUGUCAACUACCAGCCGUUCAACCCGGCUCGAACGACCCAGAAUGCCGCCACAACCCAGAACUUCCAGCCCUCCAGGCAGCCAGCUAUAGUCAGUCCUACGAACUACCAACAACCCCCAUCAGUUAGCCAGUUCCAGCAGCCCUCGACUGCCAAUCAGUUCUACACGGCGAGCACCCUCAGCCCAACGACUCAAUCACCGGCAUUCAACUAUUACCAGCAGUACUCAACUGCGGCUCCUAGCAGUGCGUACCAGACAUCUACUUCUUUCGCCUUCUCACCGAGCUCUACCGCAGCGCCACCUGCCUUCCAGAAAGCGAACUACUACCAGCCUAAAAAAGACUACAGCCCCAAGGCGCAGGUAGCCCCCGUCUACCAGUUCAACCCGAGCGAGGAUAAGUACGAGGAGAAUAACCCUGACGAAUUUUUGAAGACUGCCCCGAGCUCGAAUUUAAGGCCCAGCGACAUAAACGCUCUGGGCUCCUUUAACAAGUUCAACACGUCCGUAUCGGCGUCUUUCAAAUUUAGUCAAAAUGCCGUUUCAAAGUCCUCGACGGCUUACAACCCUAGCUCAACGAAGGCUCCCGCUUUCGGGAACAGCGUUUCUUACAACCAACCCCCGGCGAGGAGCUCGCCGAAACCUUUCACUCUGCCGGCGUCGACGACACUCCCGCCAAAACCAGUGACAAGCGCGCCCGCCGCGAGACAGCCCCAGCCUAACUUCCAGCCGGCGCCAGCGGCGGCCCAACCCAACUUCAAACCAGCGGCGGCCCAACCUAAUUUCAAGCCAGCGGCGGCCCAACCUAAUUUCCAGCCUGCGCCUCAACCUAACCAACCCAACCAACAAAAUCAGCAAAAUCAGCAAACGUCCGGCAACAAUGACUAUGAUUACGCUUAUUACGAUGAUGGCGCCGCUGAGUACGAUGGAGUAGAGCACAUUCAGGAAGAGUUCCACAAAACCAAAAAUAUCAAAAAAGCAUAGGUUGAAAAAAUCUGACGCGUGUCCACUGUUCUGCCGUGCUAGGGAGGAACGCCGUAUGAACCUUCAGGCGUUGCCAAAUUUCCAUAGAUAUAACUCGAAUU